AUCGGUGAUAAGCCGUUGCUGGAAUCACAUUACUGUCAGCAGUAGUAAUAUUAUUAGCUCGAGGUGUUGUUGUGCAAUAUUAGAAGCAGUACUGAAUUGCUUCUCUUGAUGAACUUUACAGUAUAAGAUUCGCUGUAGUUAAAUCGAACUGGAGCGAGGCUGGCAGCAGUUGUAGUAGCAACAUCAGUUUUGUGGAGCCGCACACUUAUCUUUGCUUCAUUAGUAUAAUGGCGUCCGCAACAUCUAUUCGGUGCGCAAACCAUAUAAUUUGUUUCUUGACAGCAUUAAUAUACUGUCAGUUUAUUGGAUUUUGCAUUUUAUCUGGUUGUGUAAACGCACAAAAUAGUAAACAAGAAUUCCCUUCAAAAAAGCUAAUUUCAAAAUGGGGAAGUAAUCUUGAAGAUAGAUUAAAAUCAAACAUGACAAAUGUUACCGGGCACCAUAUACUACAACAGCACUACAACAAAUACAAUCCACAAGCAACACAUUUUGAUCCAUUGAAAACAGAAGAUAUUGUAAAAGAAAUUUCAACUAGUUUAACUGAAAUGUUGGAAAAAAGCAAAGAGGCUCUAAAAAAUUCUGUAAAUAUUGCUGAAGCUGUUGCAGCAAAUUAUGCAUGGAAACCUGAUUUAAAGAUUGGAAAUAUAACUUACUUUGAUUCAACAUCCUUAGCAGAUGAUGAUCUUCUUUUAGAGUACCAUCCACGCUUUCAACAACCUGUGAAUCUGUCAGCUUCUAGUGUCCAUAUUCCCGUAGAAAUUUAUAAAGGGGGUUAUUUCUUACCUACACCAGGCUUGAAGCCUACUGACGAUAUAGACAUACUCAAUGGAUUAGGAUGGUCAGCACAGCUUGAUAAAGUGUUUGAAGAUAAUUAUAACAAAAAUAAAAAGUUAUUGUGGCAGUAUUUUGGAAGCCAGAGUGGUUUCAUGAGAAUGUAUCCCGCAAGCAGAUGGAGAACACAUGGUAGUGUUGAUCUUUUUGAUGUGCGUAGACGUCCAUGGUAUACUCAAGGAGCAAGUUCACCCAAAGACAUGAUGAUUAUUAUUGACACGAGUGGCAGUGUGCAUGGGCAAGCCCUUCAGCUUAUUAAGGUGGCAGUGAAAUCUUUAUUGGAUACUCUGGGAGAGAAUGAUUUUGUAAAUAUUGCUCAUUUUUCAAAAGAUGCAAGUUUUGUCAGUUGUUUCAACGACACAUUUGUGCAAGCUAAUUACAGAAAUAAAAAGAUUCUCACAAAAGCUGUAGAAAAUCUCACAGCCCAUGAUAUGGCAAAUUUCAAGGAAGGGUUUAAAUUUGCAUUUGAACAAUUUGAAGUGUUCAGAAACAAAUCUAAACAAAAUGGAGUUGGUGCCCAGUGCAAUGAAGUCAUCAUGUUACUUACUGAUGGUGGAACUGAUAAUGCCAAAGAGGUUUUUGAAAAAUACAACUGGUCAAAAAAUAAGUCGGUGAGAGUUUUCACGUAUGCAGUAGGUCCUACUGCAAAUCCUACGUCUGCUAUUCGUUGGAUGGCCUGUAGUAAUCGAGGUUAUUUUUCACAGAUUCCAGCCAUGGGUGCUAUACGAUCCAAAGUUCAAGAAUAUCUUCCUGUUCUCAGUCGACCAUUGGUGCUAAACAAUGCCAAACACAGUGAGUGGGUGAACAUCUAUUCUGACAAAAUGGGAUUAGGCAUGGUAACAACUGUUACACUGCCUGUAUAUAAUCGGACCUUAGGAGCUAACAAUCAAACAAUUCUUGGAGUGAUGGGCGUUGAUAUAACAACAGAUGAUAUGUUAAAGAAAAUUGAAAGACAUAAACUUGGCCCUCUUGGAUACGCUUUUGCUAUUAAUCGAAAUGGUUAUGUGGUGUUUCAUCCGAAUUUGAAAAUUCCUAAAGAUUGGAAUAAAGAUCCACCAAAUGUUGACUUUCUUGAAGUUGAAGUGGAAAACGAGCAGAAAGAAGAAUUACGCCGUAGAAUGAUUGAUGGAGACAGUGGUACAAUGGAAAUACAGACCUUUGUUGUCUCUCCAGAUGGUAAUCAUGCCUGGUUAGAAAACAGAACAUAUUCCUUUGUCCCUAUUCAAGAAACAUCAUUCAGUCUCUGCAUUUCUGUACCUUCCCACCAAAAGAAAUAUAUGCAGCCUAUGGGAAUUACAGUUCAUGAAGCAAAAGCUUUACUACAUUCAAAUCUGUCAGCAAUGCUGAUUGCACCAUGGGAUUAUUACUCUGGUUAUUCAAAAGAGGACAAUAUCACAAUGACUGCUGAAGACUUGAUUAAUGUCUUAGAUUAUACUAAUGAUCAUGACAAUUACCUGAUGCAAUUAUUAUUUUGGGAUGCCAAUAUCACAAAGAAAAUGGAACUUUAUUGGCACGAUGUUGACAUUUUCCCUCAAUUUAAAUUUCGAGACGAUGUGAUUGCUACAUUUGUGGGAACAAACGGUGGUUUAACAAUGGUAUACCCUGCAAGUGAGAAAGAUCGCUAUGUUAUGUGGCGAGAUGUUUGGAAAGCUGAUUAUUACCAACGAGCAAUGCAGGUUGAUUACUUCGUUUAUACAGCACCAUAUAGAAAAGGAUCACUAGAAAAUUCAACAGCACCACCAAUAACUGUUGUAAAAUCUGUCAAAAUCAAUAACAGCAUAAAAACAGCUGUGAUUGGCGUUACAAUGAAUCACAGUAGAAUAAUGGAAGAAUUGUUAACAGCUUCAGACUAUGGUAAUUCGGAUCAGUAUCAUUGCCGUGAAAGUGAUAAAUUAAUUUGUUAUCUUUUGGAUGAUGGAGCCUUUGUUAUCUCAACAAACCAAGAAGAUAAACUUGGUGCAGUUGGGCAAUUUUUAGGUAAUGUUGACAGAGGACUAAUGUUUGGUCUAAUAAACCGCACUGUCUAUGUAAAACAUGAAAUAUCUGACUUUCAAGCAACAUGUAUGAGAAAAACCAAAAAAUCAGCUGGAGGUUUGAAAAACAUUCGUGUGCCUUCAGUGAACUUAUUGUACGAAAUGUUAAGUUGGAAAUGGUGGUUUAACAAAGUAGCAUGGUCAUAUUUUAGUUUCAAUAUAUACAAUUGGUUUUUCUCAGAGCCUGUCAAUUUUGCUUAUGCAGAAGAGGAAAGUGAAUCAGAAAGCUGUAUAAUGAACCGAAUACAAUAUUAUUGGCCAAGUAGUACAUUUAACUCCAUGAGUGGUAUAGUUCCAUGUGAAAAUUGUUCUAGGGAGUUUAGAGUUGUUCGUUUGAUGUAUAGUAACUUGGUACUUGUAGUUACUGAACUUGAGUGUAAUGAAUGCUCAUAUACAGAAAUUAAUCAAGAGCCUGAAGAAGUGAAGCCAAAUUUCUGUGAGUCACAGCCAAGGUAUAGAAAACGCCCUGGAGAAUGCUACAAAUAUGAUGCAAGAGAAGAUGAUAAGAAAUGUAGUGGUUCAGCCAAUCUUCCAUCUUAUUUCGUUCUGUUGACAGCCCUCUUUCUGCUUCGCUUGUGUGUUUAUUUAAGUGAUAGUUGAUAACAGAUUACAUAUUAUGAUACAAACACCCAUCCCAUUCUUUACUACCCAAUGAUUUUGUCUUUGUACACCACAAUAACAUAUUUGUUGCAUAUACAAACCUCUUGAGAGGCCAGAUCUACAAUCUAAUUGAAAAAAAAUGUUUUCAUUUAAUUAUGAAUUGAAUCAUUUUUUUUUUUUACCACAGUAUUAAUAAAAUAUGUUGUUCUAAUUACUAAGUUUUUAUAAGUUUGCAAGAAAUCAAACAAAAAACAAAAAACUGGCAAUUACGGAUUCUUUCUAGUACAUAACAAAUUAUAUAGUAUUUUAUAUCUUUUCCUCUGAAUUUUUUAAUUUCUUUUUUGUUUCUUACUCCCUCUCUCCCCCAUUUUUUGUUAUUUUUUUGUUGUUCAAUUGGUGAAUUUCAGGAUGGGGGAUAAAACUAUUUUUUAUUUAAAUUUUAUAUACAAAUUAAUUGAAAGUUUUUACUCUUCCUAACAAGUUUAUUUUCUCAUGGUUUAAAAAAAAAAAAAAAUCUAUCUCCAAUUUAUUCCAUUCCACUGUUUGCAGUGAUAAAAUUUUCAUUAAAACUCAUGACCUCAGUGGAUUGAAUAUCAAAAUUAAGAAAGUGCAAAUUUAAGUUGCUAAUAACCAGCCUUCAUUAUUUAAUGAAAGUUGUAUUUUUUAGUUUUCUUCAUACAAAAAAAAAAAAAAAAAAAAAAAAAAAAAAAAAAAAAAAAAAAAGGAAAAUAAUUGAAAAUUUUCAAUAAUAUAUUGAUGGAAAACAGUGCUUUCUAAUGAAGUAUUUUGUAUGUCAUUUUAACUUUAAAAAUCAUUUUUUCUAGGAAAAACUUAUAUAUGCUUUACAUUUAACCCAUCCAAUAUUUUGUGCAUGUGUAUGUAAGCUUUUAAAAUAUCUGAUUAUAAAACAUAUUUGUAAAAACUAUUUUUUUUUUAAACAUUGUUAUGAAUUCCACCAUUCUGUGAGUGAUUGCUUUCCUGGGAAGUCACUGUAAUUUGUUAGUUUUUAUUAUCCCAUCAUUUUAAUUUUGUAUCAUCUAGAAAUGUGUUAACUAUUUCUUGUUUAAUCUCAGUUAAGUAUAGAAAGUCAGUGCCGUGCAGAUAAAAUGUCUACUAGCUCUAGUAACCGUCCAUUAUACAUGGAGACAGUUGGACACGAAGGAUGUAUCAGUUUUUCGACUUGGUGGAAAUCCUGUCAGUAUUUCUUUUUUUAUACAAUUACAUAUCAUUAAAUUAUCACAUGAAAUUAAACUAGUUCAGUAUCUACAUUUAAAAUUUUCAUGUUAAUUUUUAUAGCAAUACUCAGCAUAAGAUAAAAAGGUAACUUAUGUUCCUUUAUUAUUCACAGUUUAUUAUUAGCCAAGUCGACAGCUGGUUUCAGUUCUCAUCUGAAGCUGCAAAUGUCCUUGAGAAAAGCAUGUACAUCUCACAAUCUCAUUCUUUUCCUCUACAAAUUUGUGGCUGUGUGUCUAAGUAGGAAAUCAAUAUUUAAAAUUUGGAUGAGUGUUAUAGAGUAAGAGAUAAGCUCCUGGCAAACUAAGCCCUCAAUUUAGUUAAAAUUUUUGGUUGACACCAUUUGAUAUUAUGUCUUUGAGAAAAGCAUCAACAUCACAACAUCCCUUCUCCCAUAUAUAUGUGGCUUGUGCCUAUGUAAGACAUAUUUUGAUUUUUUUUUUUAAUUUUGCAUAUGUUUUAUAUGUACAUAUUUUUUUGCAUAAGAUUUAUCAAGUAAUUUUAAUUUUCACAUCAGCCUUACAUCUUUUAAAUUGUUAUUAAAUGCAAUUAUACGUAUCUCUUAACUGAUUACAAAUUUCAUGAACUGAUCAUAUAUUUCCCAGUUGGGAAAUUUAACAACUAUGUUGCUAAUUUUAAAUCAGACAAGCUUAGAACUUUUCACAAAAUAUAUUUUUUAAAUAGUUUAUUGAAACUGAAAAAAUCUACCCAUUUAAUUUUAAAAAUGUAUUUUGAUUUAUUUAAAUAUAAUUAUUAACUUAACUUGAAAUGUUUCAGUUAACUUUUUUCGAAAGUGAAAAUAAGUUGUUGAACAUACUGGAAUUUAGAUAAUUAAUAAUCUAGCUUAAUUUCUUUUUAUUGGAUUACAGUAAACAUUUUACUGUUACCCCAAUAUUUUGUUGUUUUCAGAUGUGAGAUGCAAUGGUUGAACAGAUAAGAUACAAAUUUUCUUUGAUUCAUGCGUUAUUCAUUAAUUUGUAUCUCACUUCAAACAUUACAUUGUGUAUCAAGGCAAGACACCUAACUCUACUUGCCUAUGGCUUUUAUGCCAGGUUGAACGAAUUAUUGUUAUUUUAGAUAACUGUUCCUCUAGUUAUUUAAAACCUGCUUAUUCUAGAAUAAUAUUGUUUUGUUUUUCUUUGACUUGUAUUAUAAGUAUUGUUUAUUUAAAAACAAAAAAAUAUUUUUAAAAAUGUAUGAAUUUUACUGUUCAUUUGCAACCAGAUAAAAUGACUUAAAAUUGCAUUUAGUUAAAAUCUCUUAAAUGUGAUAUUGACAUUUUCUCUUUUAUUUCUGGGAUACUUUCUACAUAAUUGCAGUGUUAUAUAAAGCCAAAUUAACAUCUUUUAAUGAUCACAUUUUGAAUUAGUCAUCACAAGAGAAAGAUGUGAUAUUAAUAAAUUCAUUAUGUAUGAUAAUUACUUUUGAAUAUUUGACAAUAAUAAUAAUAAAACAGCUUAAAACAGCUGCAUUCUUCAAAUAUAUCCAAAGAAAUUAUCAAAAAGAAAAUAAUUCUAGUGUUACUGCUGCAUUUGUCUAAUCCAGUGAGCCAAAACAGUUGAUUUUUUAUUAAAUCUCAUUGUUUCACUUUUUUUUUAAAGUAAUACUUUGUUUUUUAUCUUCAUAGAAUAAACAUAUGAAAAACAUUUGUUUUAUUAAUCUCAUCAACUAUCUGCAUAAUUAGUUAUUAGCAUUGCUUUUACUUAAAACUUUCAUUUGGCAACUAUAGUCUAUUUUAACUGGUUGUGUAAUCACUAUAUGUUACUUGUUUUACCUCUUUUUACUUUUCUUUAUUCCCAGAGCAUGUCAUAUAGUGUGCAUGUGAUUGUGGCACAAUUCAUCAGUGUAUAUGAUGCCACAAGUAUUCCAGUUAUUCCAAUUGUUUACAUGUCAUUUCAGAUGGUUAAAUACGAAAUUCACAAACAGCUCAUGCACAGGAAAUAUUCAGUAUUUAUUUUUUCACACAAACAGAUUUAAUCCCUAUAGUAAAUGCAGUGUUGUUGCUACCCUGUGUAGAAUUCACACAGGACUCUCUUUAUACCUUAAUUCCAGUAAUGAUGUUAUAGUGAUUCAAUGACAACUACUCAUUGCUAAAAAAAAAAAAACCAUUUCAUUACCA